CAUGACUGUCAGCUGACCACGUGUAGCGGGAAGGAGCCGUUGUAAAUAGUCUUCUGUCCAACGGUUAAAGUUAGAAGUAAUGUUUAAUUAGCUUUUUAUUACUCGUGACAUUAUCUUUCAUUGACACUUUUUCUUUAGUAUGUGAAUAGGCGACAGGUCGGUUUCUAUUUAUGCAUCUCUCCCUCUAAAGAAUUCAACUGAAAAGGUCCAAAAGACCAAAUAGUCCAAACACUGUACAAAGAAGAAGUGCCUUUAAGAUCAGAUGUCCUCCUCUUCUUCCUCCUCACACUCCUCCUCCACUACUACGUCCGUUCUCCUGAAUACAGGGGUUCAGAUGCCCCUCCUGGGUUUGGGGACCUACAAGUUGUUGAGUCCUGAAGAGGUCUACCGGGCUGUGGACGCAGCGCUGCUUGCUGGUUAUCGGGCCUUUGACAGUGCAGCUGUCUACCGAAACGAAGCUGACCUGGGCCGAGCCCUGAAGGAGCUCCUGCCUAAACAUGGCUUAACCAGAGAGGAUGUGUUCAUAACCAGUAAGCUGGGCCCCAAGGAUCAGGGUGAGAGGGCCUUGGAAGGAGCUCUCAACAGUCUGUCACAGCUGGACUUGGGUUACAUUGACCUCUACCUGAUCCACUGGCCGGGCACACAGGGUCUGGUAGUGGCUGACCAACGCAACCCAGGCAACCGAGCUCAGAGUUGGGCCACACUGGAGGAGCUGCAUGCCCAGGGGAAGCUGAAGGCCAUAGGAGUGUCCAACUACACACCAGCGCACAUGAGAGAACUGAUACAGAGCUGCAAGAUCCCUCCUGCGGUGCUACAGGUAGAAUUUCACCCACGGCUGUGCCAGACGGAGCUGAGGAGUGUGUGUGAGGAGUAUGGGGUAUGUUUUCAAGCCUACUCCUCAUUAGGGAAAGGAGAGCUGAUCACUGACCCUGUGGUCAUGGAGGUGGCAAAGAACUGUGAACGAACACCUGCACAGGUCCUGUUGCGCUGGGCUGUGCAGCAGGGCGUCCCGGUGCUGCCAAAGUCGUCAAAUCCAGACAGAAUAAAGGACAAUGCCAGGCUUUUUGACUUUGCACUGAGUGACACAGACAUGGACAGACUGACAGCUUUGGACUGUGCUCACAAGUACUGCUGGGAUCCAUCAGAAGUAGUUUGAUAGACCACUAGUGGAACAAACUUCAAUCAUCUUCCCUGAUGCAUCUUUAAUGCCGCUGUUUUUCAGUUCUGCCUGUCAAUAAUGUGGUGGUGGGAAACCACCAGAAAAAGCUGGAAAUUGUGUUCAGCUGAUUUUUUUUUUUCCUGGGUUGCCAGCAGAUUUCAUGUGGUAAAUAGGAUAAUGUAUUGAGGAUUUAGUUAAAUGAGAUAUGUGAGAGUUCAAGUAACAUUGGCUAAUAGGUUUUCCCUGUUUAAUGUGACCCAUAUCCCAUGAAACACUGAGAGCCUUUUCAGGCAGUACAUACAUACUAACCACAUUUUCCCUGUUGUAUACAAAUCUGUCAGUGUGCCAGGAUUUUAAGAGUAGUUCCAUAUUCUUUGUUGCCUCAUACUGUUCUUUAAUCAUACUUUUACAAAGUGAAGUUUGUUCCAGCUUUCCUGUUUGAAUUGGCCAUGAAUUAAACAGUCACUUUAAAACCAC